ACGUAAUUGUUUCAGUUUCUUUAUGUUAUAUUUUACUUAAGGAAGUUCAUUAGUGUGAUUCAGCAUGGCUUUCUAUAAUUCAAAUCUCGUCAAAAUCUCUGUUUUAGCUUUGCAACUGAUCUUCACCUUCGGAGAAGAUGGCACGAACGGUGUAAACUUUGAGAAGCAAAAGGUUGACUUCAGCUUCAGCAAGGAAAUUGAGCGAUCAAAUAAUUAUUCAUCCAUUGAUGAUAUCAAUGUGAAUGAGAAACUUGUCAAUAAAUACUUGACAAAAUCCGGGUUGAGUAUUGGUGUUUUUGAUGGAGUAUUAUCAACUGUCCAGUUACGACUCCUUGGAUUGGUUGCAACUUUCAAUCUUGGUUAUUGGACCUACCAGCUGCAAGAGGAUAGUGUUGUAGGUGGACAAAAACGUGUUGACCCAUAUGGUCUUCCAUGGGCUUACCAGAUAGACACCUAUGUUUUCUGAAACUCUUGUUGGUAAUCGUUUGAAGAAAGUUGUGAGAAACUUUUUUGGAGAAGGGAGUGAUGUUUAUUUUCCAUACAUGGUGACAAGCUACAUACUACGCUGUGGAGACUCCCCAAAACUACGUGUGGAUGCAGAAUCUGAUGAUGAUGAAGUCUCGAUGAUGAUUUAUUUGAAAAAGAAGUGGCAAAAGAACUAUUAUGGUGAUUUGUAUUUAUAUGACGAUGACCAAGAAAUUGCAGCUGGUGUCUUUCCUCGGUAUGGAAGAAUUGUGGUGUGGCAAAGCUCUAUCCCAUAUCUUCCCCGUCCGCCAAGUGUUAGGUUCAGACAAGGUCAAAUUCUUUUGCAUCUUCGUUUUACCAAGGAUGAAAGAAAGUAUCAAAAUGCAUACAACAUUUGGUUGAAUGAGCAGCGAUUGCGUAAAUCAAUACAAGACUCUGGAUUCUUCGUAAAAUCUGAGAAAGAUCAAUCAACACCAGCAGUAGUUGACGUUGAAGCAAAAUUGACAGCAAAAGCCAAGUCGAAAGAGGGCAAAAAAAUUUUCGUAUUUGAUGGUUUGUUCGACAACGAUACGCUAGCAAACCUUCGCAGUCUCAUUCUGAGCUAUGGAGUUUAUUUUUAUGAUGACUCCUACGAUAAAGAAAGUGAUAAUGUACAAUGGAUAGCUGGAUUUAGUGUGGACAAAUAUGUACAGAGUAGGAUGUGGGAAGUGACCAAAAAGGUUGCAACUUUUGCCUCCGGUGGAUUAUCCGAGUGGUUUCCCUAUGACGUGUCGUGUAAUCUAAUCCGAAGUUCGGACACAACACAGAUACAUCAUGAUUGCGAGAAAGGGGAGGAGGAAUGGACAUUUCUUUUGUAUUUGAAUCCAUCGUGGAGCAUCAACGAUUACGGUGAGACUGUCUACUAUGAAAAAAACCAGGACGAUACAGAAAUUAUAACAGAAGUUCGCCCUAAAUACGGCCGCGUCGUCAUAUUUGAAGGUAUUAUUCCACAUUCAGCUCGACCUCCUAGCAGAAAUUUCACAGGUGCAAGACUGUCAUUUGCCGUGAAAUUAUCGAAGAACGAGCGCUUGGCGCGGAUCAAAGGCGCUCAAGAAGAAUUGAGGCAUUUAAAAUACACUAUGUUUAUUAAGGAACAGAUACAAAAACGUACUCAACGCAAUGUCGACGACGUUGAUGAUGGAAAGGGUUUGGAAGAUAUUGAUAACGGAAAAUUUGAAAUGAUCUUGAAAGACUUAUCUGCGCAAUCAGAUGAGGACGUUGAAACUCCUAGGCGGGUUUUUAAUGAAGUUUCAAAAUCUAACUAUAAAGCUCGUGGUUUUAUUAACGAACGUCUUUUUAGUGUGCUCUGAUCACUAAUGCUUUAACAGUUAAAUUGUUUUAAUCCUCAAGUGAAUAGUUCCCUCACAUUGUACUUUUUUUAGAACUUAUUUAACUUAAGAUUAAAGAAGUUCAUUUUGCCAGUUUA